AUGCCUGCCUUUCUUCCUAAAGAAAAGAAAUAUACAAGUGAACAAGCAAAUGACAAUCGAAUGAUUACUGUUAUUAGGUGGAUUGUGGAAGCAGCAAAUGGACGUCUCAAACAAUUCAAAUAUCUAGAUAAGAUUGUUCCAAAUUCUACUCUUCCUUACAUAUUUGAUUACAUUUCUAUUGUUGCAGCUCUGAUCAAUGCAUUUCAAGCUCCUUGCAUUCAAGAUACAACAAAUGAUCAAUAUAUUGCAGGAGAAAUGCUUCAAAGGAGAAAUAAAAAGAAUGUCUUGGAGGAGAAAUUGAAUGACAAAGAAUUUCUUAAAGUGGAAAAGUGGGAGAAGAUGGAAGGUGCUACAGAUACUCCAAAAUUUCCACCUAUGGGGUUAGCUGAAUUAAAUGACAUUACUCUUGGAGUCUUCUCUGUCAAACAAGCCAUUUCUUAUGUUAACGAGCAUAUAGAUGAAAAUGGACUAUGA